CAGGUCACGCAGGCAGGCGAGCAGGCGAGCAGGCAAGCGGGAUGCGGGCAGGCGAGAUGCAGGCGGUGCAGCGGCGGCCGCCGGACCUGCAGCAGGAGCCGGAGCUGCAGCAGGAGCCGGAGCUGCAGCAGGAGCCGGAGCUGCAGCAGGAGGUCUUCGUGUUCGAUGUUGGACGGAAAACCUGGAAGUUUUAUGACUGGUCUCAAAUUACAACCGUGGCAGCAUUUGGAAAGUAUGAUCCGGAACUCAUGUGUCACGCUCAUUCGCAAGGCUCCAGGAUAGUGCUAAAAGGAGAUGUCCCCUUAGAAGAUAUCGUUAAUCUGACGUUCAGAGCGUCUUGGAUAGCUGAACAACUGGAUUUGGCCAAGAAACAGUAUAUGGAUGGAAUUAAUAUAGAUAUAGAGCAAGAAGUUAAUGACUCCUCACCAGAAUAUGACGCAUUAACCGCUUUGGUUAGAGAAACUACGGAAGCAUUCCAUUCAGAAAUUCCAGGAUCACAGGUAACCUUUGACGUGGCCUGGUCUCCGAAGUGCGUAGACCGAAGGUGCUACAAUUACAGUGGCAUUGCAGACGCUUGCGACUUCCUGUUUGUGAUGUCUUACGACGAACAGAGUCAGAUCUGGACGCAGUGUAUCGCGGCCGCCAAUGCGCCGUACGACCGGACCCUCCUCGGUUAUGAAGACUAUAUUCGCAUGGGCAUCAGCCCAAAGAAACUCGUUAUGGGCGUUCCCUGGUAUGGUUAUGAUUACACUUGCAUAGAUUUAUUAGAGGAUCGCGUGUGUUCCCUUCCCAAAGUCCCUUUCCGAGGAGCUCCGUGCAGCGAUGCCGCGGGACGACAGGUUCCCUAUGGGAUCAUAAUGAAGCAAGUGAACGGCUCCAUUUCCGGAAGGCGGUGGGAUGAGGAGCAGCAGGCGCCGUAUUACAACUACAGAGACCCCGCUGGCCAUUUUCACCAAGUUUGGUACGAUGACCCACGGAGCAUUUCCUCAAAGGCAGCCUAUGCGAGGGACCGGGGCUUAAGGGGCAUCGGCAUGUGGAAUGGAAAUAGCCUUGACUACUCUGGGGGGUCUGAAGCCCAAAAACAGACGGAGGAAAUGUGGCGAGCCUUAAGACCUUAGCUCCGAGACGGCGGGACGCCGGGGCUGGAGCCAUCUGCGAGGCCGGAACCGGGGACUUCUUCUCUGAAGACGAUUUCUCUAUUAAAAUAUAACCAAGCUUUGAUUGUGUUCACUGCCUAGUGUUGCCCGUGAUAGCCAACGUUUCUAGAAGGUUGGAAAGAAGGAAACCCUGCCACUAUCAGAAACGCACAUAAUAUUUUCAAAUGAUUAAUUUUAUUAAUUAUUUUCAAAUAAUCCUCAUUUAUGCAUCUAAUAUCUUGAAAAUUUAAAAUUGACUAUGUAGUGUCUUUUUUUAGGGCCGUGUCGCUGUUGCAGAUGGAGGAUGAGAUCUUGGCUCUUGAGAUAGAUAAUGUCAGGAAGAAAUUUUCUAUUUGGGAUUACAGGUGAUUCUCCUGCUGUUCUUGAUGAUCUUCCAAAUCACCCCUCACCUUUUACGGUUACUGAAUGUUCUGUUCAUUAGCAACUUUUGUGCUUUAACCUUUUUAUUUUCUAGUGUUAAUUUUUUUUUUUUUAGAUUUGCAUCACUUCCAGUUUAAAAUAUCAUGACAUUGUGUUCUCAA